CAGGGAGCCAGGAGUGCAGGACUGGGACAGGGGAAGCUUUUCUGAGAGGAUCGAGGCUUCCUUCUAUCCCCCCCCCAUCCCUCCCCUUGAUGGAGUUCCGCUGGACAAGAGGGACUGGGGUGGGUGUGCGGGGACCCUCUCAGCUCCGGAGAGCCUUCAGUGAGCAUAUCAAGGAUUCCACCAGCAGAGCCUGGGAGGUGUUCUGGAAGAGGGCAAGGGAGCGGAGGCUAACAGAAAUUGAAGCCAAGGAGGCCUGUGAGUGGCUGAGGGGCACCGGCUUCCCCCAAUAUGCUCAGUUAUUUGACGACAUGCAGUUUCCCAUUGACAUCCAAACUGUGCAACGUGACCACGAGUUCCUAGACCAGAAUGCCUUUGAGUCUCUUUACAGGCGACUCAACACCCUGAACAAAUGUGCAGAGAUGAAGGUGGAGUUCAGCUGCCAGAGGAGGAGGAGUGAUGAGUCAGAGGAUGACGAACCAUGUGCUAUCAGCAGCAGGUGGGCAUAUGAGCGAUGCAGCCGGCGCUGGUCUCGCCUGGACAGCCUGGAAGUCUUCCCAGCAGGGAGUGGUUCAUCCAACAGUCCUGUCCUAGAGAGAGCCCUGAGGAUCCAGAACAGGGGCACCGAGGAGUCAACCUCUCCAGAGCCAGAGGAGAAGCCCGAUGUCUCUUCCAUGAGCAGUUCCAGCAGUGGUGACAGCGAUGCCCCCUUUUCUAGGAUGUUGGAGAACACUGAGGACAGCCAUAACUCCUCCCACUUCUUGUACACCAACAAGGUGUCUUCACCUGCUUCUAGCACCAGCCACUCCCCAUGCCCCAUAGGCACACUGAAUAGCACUGGUGAAAACCUACCUCCUGUAGGGAAGCCACUCCAACCAAACCGAGGCAAGAGCUUCUUAAGAAAGAUGGAGAAGCUGCGGCUCCGAAGCCCAGGAUCAAAGCGCAGUGGAGCUCUGAGGCCCCGGCCCCCUAUUAGUGGGCCUGUCCUCCUUGAGGGCUUUGAUGAUGACAAACUCCGAAGUCUCAACUGCGUGAGCAUUGGCCGAGAGAUGGGAGCUUGCCCAUCCUCACCCCCAAUUUGUGGCAGCAGCAGCGGGAGCCAGUCAGAGACCAGCAGUACCGUAAGCACUCCGAGUCCUGUGAUUCGGGUCCGGAGCCACAGACAGAGGAGCAGAGACCCCAGCUUAAGCCCUACCUCACCAUGGGGUGAUGUGAAUGAGCAGAACCUUCAGAACCAGUUGUUUCAGGUGCCAAUUGGUCAUAAACCUGGCACCUUCCCCAAGGAUCUGACCCUUAACUCACCACCCACUCUAGACAACCCAUCAGUCAAUUGGCGGACAGGCAGUUUCCACGGCUGCCACCGUAAUCGAUUUGGAACUAGCUCCCCAGAGAUGGAACCGCCCUACCGUCUACCUGGGCUGCCGGAUAAUCGGCUCAGUGUCUACGACAAUGUGCCAGUGCUGGUCCUUGGCAGGACAGAGGGUGUCGGGUCCCUUGACAAUGAUGUCAUCUUAGAUUUUGACCAUCUGAUAGAAGAUAUGAAUGAACUGCACAGGCUAGAGAGCCAGUGGGCAAAGAAGGAUCCCUACGAUGGGGACUUUGACUUUACCAGCUCCCCAGAUUUACUCGCUUCUCCUGCCCAGAUCCUCCUGGAGAUCAAUGAGCCUUCUGGGGAGACAAUAUCUGGGACCAGGCCUGGUGGAGGGGCAGAGCAUCACUGUAAAAGGGGCCGUCCUUGGGACUCUCCCAAAUCAUCAUGUUCCUCAAGGCCCAGCAAAUGGAACUGGUCAACAGAAGAAACAGCUGACCUGACCAAGCCCUUCCUGCGGGUUGAAGAACAGUCAGCUAUACAACUCAACUAUUUAAAGAGUGUGGCUAUGUUAAAUCUCUCUGCCAUCAUGGAAAAAAAUCCUCUAUCCAGCAAACAGGGCUGGAACUGGCCAGUUCCCAAGUUCAUCAGGAAGAACAAAUACCCUGACUUCAAAGGCAAGAAUGUGUUUGGAGUCCCACUACAACUAGUUGUCCAAAGGACAGGCCACCCACUCCCACCAGGCAUCUUUCAAGCUAUGGAAUAUCUGAGGGCACACUUCCUGGACCAGGUUGGUUUGUUCAGGAAAUCAGGGGUGAAGUCUCGGAUUAUGUCCCUUCGGGAAAUGAAUGAGGCCCAUCCAGGCCAUGUGGAUUAUGAAGGCCACUCUGCCUUUGAUGUAGCUGACAUGGUGAAGCAGUAUUUCCGUGACCUCCCUGAGCCCAUCUUCACUAGCAAGAUCUGUGAAUCGAUCCUUCAUAUAUACCAGUAUCUGCCUAAGGAAGAACAGUUUAAUGCUAUCCAAGCUGCCAUCCUCCUCCUUCCAGAUGAAAACCGAGAAGCCUUGAUUAUCCUUCUCUUCUUCCUCAGAGAUGUCGUGAGCUUCGUGGAGGAGAAUCAGAUGACUCCCACCAACAUCGCUGUCUGCCUUGCCCCAUCCCUCUUCCAUCUCACUUCUGUCACUUCCUUUCGGCCAGACAACCCCAUGUCUUCAAGGUGCAGUCAGAAGAAACACAACAUGGGCAAACCUGAUCAGAGAGACCUGAGCGAGAACCUGGCUGCUACCCAGGGCCUGGCACACAUGAUAGCGGAAUGCCAUCAGCUCUUUCAGCUUCCCACAAGUUACUUGGAAUCCAACAGGUGCCAGCAGCCACCAGUUCCUGAAAAAAGCCUAGUCAGUCACUCACUGGUAUUGAAAUCUCUGGAGAAGUCCAUUCAGGACCUGCUCCGCGAUUCCAAGGACAAGUUCCGAACCUGGGCUAGCCGCUUUUGCUUGGAGAAUGUGGAAGUGGCCAAUAAAAAGGUGGAAGAAAACUCUCACUUACUACUAUGGAAAGCCUGCAUCGACAUCCAUGCUGCCCCUCAGGAUAUCUUUCAGCGUGUGCUGAGAGCACAGCUGUCCUGGGACCACACUCUGCAGCAGGCUGCCGUCCUGGAGGUACUGAAUGAGGAGGCUGAUAUUUACCACUACACAGUGAAAAGCAUGACCCCACUCCCUGCCCAGGACUACGUGGUGCUAAGGACCUGGAAGUCAUACCCCCAGAGCAAUAGCUACAUUAUAGCUGCAACCUCUGUGUGGUGUGAAGUUGCUGAACUGCAUGGUGUCUUGGGAGAGGUCAUGUUAUGCCAGUAUCUGAUUGAAAUGGUGGCACCUGAAAAAUCCCGAGUGACUCAUAUCUGCAGGAAAGAUACCAGAGGGCGGACUUCUAAAUGGUACAGGAAUGUUUUCGGGCACAUGUGCGCAGCAGAAUUGCUCAGAUUAAAAGACUCUUUUCCAUCUUCAAACUUGUAUGUCAAAUAAAUCCCGACUCUGAAGCCAGAGCUGUUUUGGAGGUGUAGUUAACAGCUAUGCCCCUUGACACACUUAGAAAUAUUUGGAUAAUGGAAUGCUGUUUUAAAAACAACUAUCUAAAGGAAUAUAAUUGUAUAAAAAGAAACUGUUCUUGGAGAGACUCUAUAUAGGAAGAUAUUAGAGGCUAAACUAUUUAUAUUAAAACCUAAUCUUAACAUCCCAGAAAUAGUCAAAGUGAUGGUUUAAACCUAUGUUGUGCAGUAAGUUAUUAAAAACUUGGUGAUUACCUAAAUUUGCUAAUUUUUUUAAUAAUGUGAAGCUGUAUGUAACUUUUUUUUGAAAAAAAGAUUUGUAAAAAUUGCUGUAAAUUUUUUUUAAGCACGGAAAGCAUUUUUUUAAGCAUGGAGAAAGAAGACUGAAAAGUUUAAAGGGCAUAAUACAUUUUAAGAUUAGUUGUCCUUAAAAGUGUUGAAUUUUCAUUUGUGGUAUUAAAAAAAAACACUGUUAAUAAAGUUGUUGAUAAAUUUACA